GAACCGGGACACGCACCCGGCAGCGGUUUGUUUAUAACGGUCACGUCUCCCGUGGUGGGCGGGAACAACAACAAGAGGGAGUGAGAAAGGAGAGGAGGAGAGGAGGAGGAGGAAAAAGGAGACACCAGCCUGUGGCGGCGGCGGCUACGGCGGCGGCGGCUACGGCGGCUGCGGAGCGGGGGGUCCACGGAGGGGGCGAGGCGGGCCGCCCUGUGAACGCGUCGUGAGCCGCGCAUGGACGACCACCUGAGCCUCCUGCAAUCCCCGCCGCCGAGCGCGACCAAAACACGGGGCGACAACCUCGUCAACCACGGAUACACGGACGCGGACUCGGACUCGGACGUCAUGACCGUCGUGGCGUGCGACAACAUGCUGGAGGAGUCGGCAGCCCUCCCGGGCCACCAUUCCCUGGACCGCUACGAACCCGACCACGAGUGCUGCGAGAGGGUCGUCAUUAACAUUUCCGGGUUGCGGUUCGAGACCCAGCUCAAGACUCUGUCCCAGUUCCCGGAGACCCUUCUCGGGGACCCGAAGAAAAGAAUGCGGUAUUUCGACCCUCUCAGGAACGAGUACUUCUUUGAUCGGAACCGACCCAGCUUUGACGCAAUUCUGUACUACUACCAGUCCGGGGGGCGAAUCCGGAGACCCGUGAACGUUCCCAUUGAUAUCUUCUCCGAGGAAAUCCGCUUUUACGAACUCGGCGAGGAGGCCAUGGAGAAGUUCCGCGAGGACGAGGGCUUCAUCAAGGAAGAGGAGCGUCCGUUACCGGAGAACGAGUUCCAGAGACAAGUAUGGCUGCUUUUCGAGUACCCGGAGAGCUCGGGACCGGCUCGCGGCAUCGCGAUCGUAUCCGUCCUGGUCAUUCUCAUUUCGAUUGUCAUCUUCUGCUUGGAGACGCUACCUGAAUUCAGGGACGAGAACCGGGAUCCGAUCGCUAUGGCGCCGGUGAUUAACGGCACAAUCCCGUAUUUUGUGAGCCCCUUCUCGGACCCUUUCUUUGUGGUGGAGACUUUGUGUAUUAUUUGGUUCUCGUUUGAGCUCCUGGUUCGGUUCUUCGCCUGCCCUAGCAAAGCAACGUUCUCCAAGAACAUCAUGAAUAUUAUCGAUAUCGUCGCUAUCAUUCCGUACUUCAUCACUUUGGGUACGGAACUAGCGGAGAGGCAAGGUAACGGUCAGCAAGCCAUGUCGCUGGCAAUCCUGCGCGUUAUCCGCCUGGUUCGAGUGUUCCGCAUCUUCAAACUCUCACGUCACUCCAAAGGGUUGCAGAUCCUGGGUCAGACCCUCAAAGCCAGCAUGCGAGAACUGGGUCUUCUUAUCUUCUUCCUGUUUAUCGGCGUCAUUCUCUUCUCCAGCGCCGUCUACUUCGCAGAGGCCGACGACCCCGACUCGGGAUUCAAUAGCAUCCCGGACGCGUUCUGGUGGGCGGUGGUCACGAUGACGACGGUGGGCUACGGCGACAUGCACCCGGUCACCAUCGGGGGCAAGAUCGUUGGCUCCUUGUGCGCCAUCGCCGGCGUUCUCACCAUCGCUUUGCCGGUUCCGGUCAUCGUGUCCAAUUUCAACUACUUCUACCACCGAGAAACCGACGGCGAGGAGCAGGCUCAGUAUCUCCACGUUGGGAGUUGCCAACCUCUGGCCGAGUCGGAGGAGCUCAGGAAGACGCGUUCGUCUUCGUCGCUCAGCAAGAGCGAGUACAUGGUCAUCGAGGAGCACGCCGUCAACUGCGCUUUUAAGCCGCAGCCGAACCACUCGGCCGCCGCGCAGAACAGCUCUCAGAACUGCGUCAACAUCAACAAGAAGAUCUUCACCGAUGUAUAAACGACAUCGUGAUGGGACGUUACAAAAAAAGGAGAGAAGUUCCGUUUUUUUUUUUUUGGGCUUCAGAGAAUUAGAAUCCACAUGCGCUCUUAGCGGGCGUAUUAUCGCAAUAGGUAGAAACGGACGCUAAUGAUGCUAAUGUACGACCUUCACGUUGUAGUAUCGAGAGUUGUGAUUCGUCCGUCGUAGCCAAUGUAAAAUAUUCACAAUCGGUGUGUUCAAUGUGUCUUUAAACACACGUAACGUCUGUAAAAAAAAAAAAUUAUAUAUGAUAAUAUCAAUUAGACCGUUCUGUACUAUGCCUUUAUCGUGCGUUAAAGUCUAGUCAAAAGUGUCAUCGAAAUCAAACCCCGCCCCCUUUCCCCCCCCUCACCUCCGUCGCCGCCAUAUUUAAUCUACAAGCGCUCAUUCAUCAUUCACUCAAGACGCGUGAGGGAAAAAGAUAGAGCCCCCUUCUCUUUGGAUGUCUCAAAUAUAGCCCGCUGUGAUGCAAUCUCCAUGGCGACGCCGGUUUCCGAGGUAACCCCAACCACCGUUGCCAUGGCGCUCCUGUUUCCACAGAAACCUCCCAGAUGGCAUUGGAAGCUACGGCGGAGAUAAUCGCCUAAAUUAGCUAAAUAGUCUUCAAGGACGCUAACGAAACUCAUCGAAAUUGAAUGUGACGAUCAAAUCCCUGCCGGCCUUAACCCAGAGAGUACGCCCCCCCCACCCCCGCCCCCCUGAUUCCCAUGAAAUGGGAAUGAAAAAAAUUCAAGGAUUAUGAAUGGGAAACGUGUUGUGUCUGGCUGCUGGUCUGCACUACCGAUGGCGACCAGCAGAGGCUGCUCUUCUCCCAUCAAUGGCACCGCCACUCUUCCAGGUGGGAGCUGCGAUCCAGGUGGUCUGGAACUCUUGACGCUCCCUAGUAGACUCUCUCUUUUGUAGGGGUACAGUGACAGUAUUCCUUUGGACCUUAAGAACUGACAUAAUUCCUCCAGAGAUCAACAUAUCCGAUUCCCUCAGCAGCUCCAACCCUGCCAGUCCAUCGUCUUGUAGACCAAAAAUGAAAAUGCCGGAUGAAACAUAUACAAAUAUUGUAUAUCUAUAUCAUAUCUAGCAUCAUAUCUCUGUUUUAGAGCUGCGUUCUGUUUUGCUCCGAAUGAGCAUCGACGAUUAUGCAGUAAAAAAAUCCAUAUCCCUUUAUUCUUUAUGAAUCUCACAUGCAUAUCUAUAUACGAUAUUCAUAUUUGUGGGAACCGAGCAACGACUGAUAGCAGCUUUUUUGUUGCAAAAAAUAUCAAAUAAAUCUACUGAUAAAAACUGUGAUACAAAAACACAAAAAGACUGUUAGCCAUAUGCCUUUGUUAGCUGAGUGUGCUCCGUAUUGCUAACGUACAAAAACACAUACAUGUAUGUUACAUGUUACAUGUAUGUGACGGUCGCUGCUAUUCCCCUGAUCUACACUGGAAGCUGGAUGGUAAAAACAUGCUAAAAGUGGUGCAAAUGUCAGGGGAAGGUAGUAUUUGUAUUUGUCAGUACUUGUUGUGUCUUACUGUGUACUGUCUUAAACAUGACCAAUAUGACAACAUUAUUAGUAGCAAUGUCUUUAUUUGCCACAAGCUGUGCCUGCUGUCAAUCACUUAUUAAGAAUUUGACUUUUUUUGCUUUGCCAGAUUGCUGCGACAA